AUGCGAGUCUACUUAACCGCAGUUCGCACUCUCACGAUGUACGGAUGGGAGACUCGGGCAGCGCCGUCAACUGUGAUGGAGAACCUUGACUGGAUGGAAGAAAAGCUGCUUAAACGGCUGCCCCUUUUGGCCAAUGAAUGCUCCCAAAUCAAAGCUGAAAAGGCCACCUGGACAAAAAGAAAGUUAGUGAAGGAAGAUCUGAGGAGAAUUGGCAUUGACAGGACAGUUGAGGCAAGAUGUAUCGUUCCGCAGAAUAUGAUGGUAGACUUCUUCUCGGUGGGGGCUCGAGUGAAAGGAGACGAACCGAAAUCAGCUGUCGACGAUCGUGCGCGUAUUCCAUGGGUGGAAAAAUAUAGACCGAGAAGUGUGGAUGACCUAGUUUACCAAAAUGAAGUCGUUGCCGUAUUCAAAAAAGUGUUGGAGGGGUCGGACUUGCCGAAUAUGUUAUUGUAUGGUCCUCCGGGCACUGGGAAGACAUCGGCUGCUGUGGCUCUCUGUCGUCAAUUAUUUCCUUCCCCAGAACUUUUUCGUGAUAGAGUUUUGGAGUUGAACGCUUCGGAUGAACGCGGAAUUCAAGUGGUUCGAACAAGAAUCAAAGAUUUCGCUCACCGUGCUGUAUCUAAAGCCAGUACACCUUACAAAAUCGUCAUAUUGGAUGAAGCCGAUGCUAUGACUGAGCCUUCUCUUUUUUCUUUUUUUGCUCGUCUCCAAACAUUCACUUUUUUUGGGUUUUGCCUCAUAUGCAAUUAUAUUUCUCGUAUCAUUGACCCGCUGACAUCACGUUGUGCGAAGUUUCGCUUUAAGCCACUACCUAUUGAAUCUCAGCUGGAAAGGUUACUUUAUAUCUGCAAAAAUGAAGGUGUGGAAAUUGAUGAAAAAGCGCUCACAAUGUUAGUGACACUUUGCGAGGGAGAUCUUCGAAGAUCAAUAACGUACCUACAAAGUCUCUCUUGUCGUCAGAAUAUUACCAGUGAUUUUAUAUUCACCAUGACAGGACAAGUCGAUAAGAAAAUUGUAGACAAGUUAUUUCUUACUUGCUGUUCAUCGGAUACGGACCGGAUUGUUGAUGCUGUUGAGUCGAUCUGCAGAGCUGGCUAUGCAAACCGCUCCUUGAUUGAUCAAAUUUACGAACAGUUACUUGCAGACGAUACGUUAAAGGACAUCCAAAAAUCAGCCAUAUUUGAAAAAAUGGCGGUAAUUGAAGCUCGUUUGCUGGAUGGAGCGGACGAAUAUAUACAGAUGAUGGAUCUUCUGUUUUGCAUACAGUCGCACUUAAAUUCUUAG